AUGCUCGUCCAGCUCCCAUCCACGGCGUCCUCCUCCAUGUUGCUGCGGAUGGUCACCCAGAACGUCCGUUACGCCACCAAGAGUCCGACACCAAAGGAGAAGCCGUGGAGCUUUCGCGGUCCCAAGCUUAUCAACCAGCUGGACUUCAUCACAGCCGGUCACGAGUCUGCCUUCAUCUGCCUCCAGGAAGUGCUCUACUCCCAGCUCCAGGAGAUCCAAUCAUGGCUCGGCCCGGGAUGGGCACACAUCGGAGUCGGCCGGGACGAUGGUAAGCGAGCGGGAGAGUUUUCCCCCGUCUUUUACCAAGUCGAUCGCUGGCAGUGUGAGCGCAACGAGACACUAUGGCUGAGCAAGACCCCGGGCAAGCCCUCCAGAGGAUGGGAUGCCGUCCUCAACCGCAUCGUCACCGUCGGCGAGUUUGUCGACAAGCAGACCGACGCGAGAGUGGUUGUUAUGAGCACCCACUUUGACCACAUCGGCGUCAAGGCGCGGGAGGAAAGCGCCAAGCUCCUCCUCAAGAUUGCCCGCGACUGGAGCAAGGGCGCCAACGGAAAGCCACCCACCACAGUCCUCCUUGCAGGCGACUUCAACAGCACGCCAGAAGACAACGCAUACAAGACCAUGGUCUCACCAGACUCGGGCAUGGUUGACGUGUCCGCCAGAGUGCCAAAGGAGAAACGAUACGGAAACGAAAUCACCUACACCUCGUUUGAAGAGCCGAACGAGACGCCGUCGAGGAUCGACUUUUUGUUCGUACAAGAUCCAAGCCCGGCCACCGUGAGGACGUUUGGCGUGCUGUCGAACAAGUUUGACGAUGACGUCUACUUAUCCGACCACAGGCCUGUCGUUGCGGACGUGGAAAUCCCCGUGCUACGGCCAGCCAGCUUUUGA